AUGUUAAGAAAAGAGAUUGAAAGUGAAGAAGAUGUUGUUGUAUCGUCUGAAAAUAUUGAGCUCAUUGAAAGACAGACAAAAAAUAAAUACGUUGACAUUUUAUUUCCUGGAAUAGCAUUAAAUAAAAUUAUUGUGUGGAUAAGUUUUUUUCAAAUAAUUAUUUAUAUUUUAAGUUGUUUAUUGAGUGAAAAUUUCAGCAAGCCAAAUGUGCAAGUCUUGAUGUUACUCGGUGCAACUUAUGGGCCUUUAAUAAAGGAAGGUGAAUUUUGGAGACUUGUGCUUCCCAUUUUUUUACAUGCUAACUUAUGGCAUUUAAUUGUAAAUAUUUUGUGUAUAUUAAACUUAGGUUUAAUAAUUGAAAGUAAAUAUAAGAAGUCUAAAUUUUUAUUAAUAUAUUUUUUAUCUGGAAUAAUUGGAAAUAUUCUCACUACCAUUUGUAAUCCUUGUCAGCUAGCUGUCGGGGCAUCAACCAGUGGAUUUGGAUUAAUUGGAUGUUCAAUAUUAGAAAUAUUUUUAGCUUGGAAAAAAUUAACAAGAAAGGCUAAGAAUUAUUAUAUUCUUAAUAUUUUUUUAUUUCUAUUAUUUUUUAUGUUUGUUAGUAUUUCACCUACAGUAGAUCUUUUUGGUCAUAUAGGUGGAUUCCUCUCUGGAGCUUUCUUAUGUUGUCACUAUAAUAAAUUUAUAGGAUACAACAUUUUUCAGAAUUUUCUUUAUUAUAGCUUUCUUUCUAUUUGUAUGUUAAUUAUUUUUUAUUUGCCUAUCAGAUUAUAUAUUAUAAAUAUGCCAUGUGGAAUGAUCUAUUAA